CAUCCGCCCGGCGUUUGCGGCUCCCGGAGGUGGUGGCGGGGGCGGAGUUUCCGGUUCCGGGUGAGGGCGGGGGGGGCGGCGGGAGUGCAGAGGGGCCGCGGAAGGACCCCCCGACAGCUUCAUCCCUGCGGAUCCAACGCCUCCCGCUUUGGGGGGUCCCGGCUUUGGGGGGGGGGCCUGGCCGAGUGUCCCCCCCCUUUCCCGAGCCUGUGGCCCCCCAGGAAGAGGAGGAAGAGGAGGAGGAGGAAGAGGAGGAGGAGGAGGAAGGAAUGGCGGCGCCGUGGCGGGUACUGGAGCCCGCCCAAAAAUCCAUAAAAAUUUACUGAUCCCACCUUUUCUGCCCCCAAAAGGAGCUUUGCCUGGGCGACAGUCAGGCCAAAGGCUCCCACAUCAUGGCUCAGGCAAGUCUCCUGGCCUGUGAGGGGCUCUCGGGGGUCUGCCUGGUCCCCACAGUCGCCAGUAAGAAGAUGAUGCCCAAGGCUGGAAAACAGGAUGGGAAUCGGGAAAGAGGCUCCAGCCCUGACCUGCUGUCCCUCCGCCAAGACCCCGACAAGCCCCGCGCCCGCAAGGAUGACGACGCCCCCGAGGCCUCCAACCCCAAGAAAUCCAUGAAAAAGCGCCGCAAGCGGGUUCCUGGCGCCGAGGGACCCCCGAGCUCGUCCCGCCGCUCCCAGUCCCAGAUGGUGGUGAUCGAGCAAAACGGGUCCUUCCAGCUCAAGAACUUCAUCUGUGACCACUGUUUUGGGGCCUUCCGGAGCAGUUACCACCUCAAACGGCACAUCCUCAUCCACACUGGGGAGAAGCCCUUUGAGUGCGACGUGUGUGACAUGCGCUUCAUCCAGAAGUACCACCUGGAGCGGCACAAGCGGGUGCACAGCGGGGAGAAGCCCUACCAGUGCGAGCGCUGUAUGCAGAGUUUCUCCCGCACGGACCGGCUCCUGCGGCACAAGCGGAUGUGCCAGGGCUGCCAGGGCAAGACUCCCCCUGACUCCCAGCUCCUGCUGUGAAAUUCUGGAAAUUCUGGGGGUGCUGGAGGAAGGGGGAGCCUCCCUCCUGCACCCCCUACCCUCUGCAUCUGCUUCACCUGGAUUUUUCACCCCAAGCUGAGAACUCCUAAAAAACCCUGGAGUGUUCCCAGUGUGAAAAACUCAAGAGCCUUCCCAUUCUUCUGGCCUAAAAACUGGGAUAAUGAGCCCAAAAAUUCUCCUGGAAUCUUCAAGCUGUGCCCUCCUCAUCGUUGGAUCCCUAAAUCCACCCCACAUUCCCCCCCCAGAACAGACUGGGAGCCCCCAAACUGCCCAAAUCCCAUCGGGUUUGGGGUACCUGGGACACAGGUAGGAGGGUCCUGCUAGGAAUGACAUCUCCAAUCCUGCUUUUUUGGGGGAAAAAGAGGGAAAAAUGAGGAUUUUGGGAGGGUGUCUUGGCUUCAGAGGAAGGCAAAUUCCCCCUUUUUAUGGAAAA